GUUUAAUGUUCGGUUAUUGACUAGUAGAAAGGGAUGAGGUCUUCGGGAGAAAAGAAAACCAUCCAAUGAAACUGGAAUAAAAGUUCACUCAAAAUGAGCUGGAUUCCCUUCAAGAUUGGGCAACCAAAGAAGCAGAUUGUCUCUAAAACUGUUGAAAGAGACUUCGAACGAGAAUAUGACAAGCUCCAAAAGCUGGAGGAUCAGACAAAAAAGCUUCACAAGGACAUGAAGAAAAGCACUGAGGCUGAUUUAGCAAUGUCCAAAGCAGCAGUGAAGAUCUCUGCAGACCUGCUGAGCAACCCGCUGUGUGAGCAGGACCAGGCGUUCCUUGAGUCCAUGACUGCUUUAGAUACGUCCAUGAAAAGGAUGGAUUCCUUCAACCAGGAGAAGGUCAACCAGAUCCAGAAGACCGUUAUUGACCCUCUGAAAAAGUACAGUGGCGUCUUCCCCAGCCUCAACAUGGCGGUGAAACGUCGGGAACAGGCGCUGCAGGACUACAAACGUUUGCAAUCCAAAGUGGAGAAGUACGAAGAGAAAGAAAAGACCGGGCCCGUUAUGGUCAAACUCCACCAGGCCAGAGAGGAGCUCAGGCCGGUCAGGGAGGACUUCGAGGCCAAGAACAAGCAGCUGCUGGACGAAAUGCCCAAGUUCUACCACAGCCGCAUCGACUACUUUCAGCCCAGCUUUGAGGCUCUCAUUCGGGCGCAGGUGGUGUAUUUCACCGAAAUGUACAAGAUCUUCAGUGAGUUAACAGAUCAGAUCGACCAGGCAGGGUUGACUGAUGAGCAGAGGGAGAGGGAGACAGAGGCCAAGCUCAGCGAGUUGCGUGCUCUGUCUAUUGUUGCCGACGACUGAGGGAGGAAAGCCGUAAACCGGGAAGGGCUCCUUUCAUGCCUCUCUGAAUGGAUUGCACUCUUUUCAGGCUCCUUCAAACGCUUCAAACGAACAGCAUUGGCCUUAACCUGAUUAUCAGUUUGUUUCCUUGCGGCCUCAUCAUCAAUCCCCAUUCCUCAUGCACUACAAUCCCAUGUUUUAUUCUCUGCAAAGACUCUCUGCAGCUGAAAUGCCACAUGAACUAAGCCAUCAGCCAAGUGCAACAUAAUAAGCCAAUAUGUUGGAUUUUUUUCUCUUUUCUUUUUUUUGUAAAGGAAUCGAAUAUUUCUCUUUAGAACUGAUUAACAGGGUCACACUUCUUGGUUUCAGAGACGUUUAUAAGCAUUUGUUUCUAGAGUAGGAAAUGAGCAAAGAAAAUGUUUCUGUUAGUCACGUCUGCUGUGUUAACAACAGUCUGUGAAACAUAAUUUUUAUUAUACAACUUUGAAAUUACCAACACUACAGACUGAAUGUUACGUAAUGUACUGUAGGUUGUCUGCACGAACAUGUACAGUUAUCAGUAAUAUAAGCUCUGUGCCAUGUUGUGAGGGCUUUUUUUAAAUUGAGGUUUACAGGCCGAUCUUGAUAACGUCACCUGUGUUUAAUGUGCCUACACUGUCCUUAAUGUGGAUGUAACAUGAAAACUACCGUGUGAGUGACAUUGUGCCUGAGCAGCGGUGUUGAAAGGUCUACCACUCGGGCUGCGGAGAAAACGAGCAGGUUAUUGAAGUGGCAUUGCUGUCCAAAACAAAGGCUGGUGCUCCCUCUAGUGGAAAACUUUGAUCAUGACACCCAAAUUUUCUCUCAUUCAAACCAUCCAUCCUUUGUUCUAUUGUUGGUGGCUCCAUUUGUCUUUUAGCGAAGAACUUCACACAUUGUUGGCACUGUUUGGAAAGUCUUGUCUGUGUACGUGCCACACCAGGGUUAGAAGCCUAAUUGGCUCUCCUUCAUUUCGGACCAAAUCAUACUGUUAUUGCACUCCUUUGUUUCCACCUUGUUUUUAUCAGGUACUGCCUCAUUACAGUAUGAUGAACAUGCUCUGGUUAAUGUAGUAAGGUGGUAAACAUAUGAGUGCUCUUAUAUCAUGUCUGAGGUGUCAUACCAAGAAGCUGACUAUUUAUCUAUGGCAAUCAUGUUUUUAUUUCAGUUAUUGAAGCAAAUGCUUAGUCGAUUGUCUAGCUUUGUGUACUGCAAUAUGCAGACUGUUUGAAUUACAUGUAACUAUUCAAGAAGGUGUUUUUCUAAAUGAUUAAUGGUUUGUUUUUUUAAGCUGUACUAGUGAUUGAUUUUUAACACAAGUGAGUGAAUAAUUUAACAUUAGAGUGGGUUUUAUUUAGGUAUUUAAACGUAUCAGUACAACAAUCGACAAUGUUUUCAACUGUCAUCUAGAUGUAUAAUCAAUCAUGAAAUAAAUCAUCUGCUAUACUAACAACCAA